AUGUUCUCAAAGUCUUUACUUUGCACCAGAAGAAUGCUGACAAGACCGAGGAGAAGUUUGAGAAGCACGUGUGCGAAUUUCAAUCCCACCUCGUCAAACCUUUUGAAGCGACAUAAGGUUAUGAAGUACUCGUCAGACGUCUGCCUGAGCAAUGUCUGCGGAGCUCUCGCCGCGAUGGUGGAAAGGCUCCGUCCGGGGUGGGCUGUCAUAAACUCGCAUGCAUUCCUCACCUAUUGGGUGCGGGAUAUGUCACUUACAAGCGACCCGGAGUAUCAUGAAAUUGGCCGAAAUUCAGAGAAAGGCCGGAUUGACUCUAUCAGAUUAACUUCUCACAGGACUUGA